AUGUAAUUUUCCUCAUAAGACAGUUCAUUUAGCUUUCCUCUCUGGAUACCAACACAGAUUCAUUGUCAAAAUGUUCCAUCCUAUUUUCGCCUUGGUCCUUGUCUUCUCAUUUUUCACCAUAUCAAGCGGACAACCUCUGCCAUCUGGUCGCCAAGCGACGGUUGAAGACGCCCGGAUGGAACAGAGAAUACUUGCAAAUAUCAGGCCACUUCUAAUACAACUUAGUUCGUGUGAAGCUUCCGCUGAGAAGUUGCACAAAGCUGACAAGACAUCCGGCGUCCUCUCGGCGACAAUUCAAAACCUGACCAAACGUAUCGAGGCGAUUGAGAAAUCGAUUACGUCACUAUGUAGGGGUGACUACUUAGUAUCGUUCGGAAAUCUUGAAUCGAACGCCAGUGUCCAUGUGUUUGAGGAUCAGUGCUCCAAUUUUUUGAUGACCUACACAAACAGGACAGACGCUCAGGCUUUCUGUCAAUUUGCUGGGGCGAGCCUCAUGACGGACUCAAGCCGGGAACUUUUGACGUUGAUCAUCAAGACUAUUUCCGAUCUAUUCGGAUGAUAACCUGAUUAUCGAUGACAACCCUGAACGAUGUGUCGCCAACUGGAGCGUAUCAAAUGUGUUCCAUACAAAACAAUUUUGAGAAAAGUGUGGUUUGUCUGCAACAUAUGAAUGACCUCUGUUGUUUCAAAUAUCGGUUUCUCUGCAAAUUAAUAAUAAAAAAAAAACCGCAACAAAAA